CAACUGAUUUCUUUGCAUUAAACGGUACCCCAAGUUUUCAACUGGCUGCUUGAACGCCAUGCCUGAGAAAGUCUGGGAAUCCUGCAAGAUCUUGACCAAUUCCAGCACAGAUUGUCUUUCAUUUCAUUGCCAUUGCCAUUGCCAGCCAUGGCCUGGAUCGUGGCUCCAUCGACUCCAACCCCUUUUCGAGCUUGCGUUGGUGUACGCCGCUUCCCAACGAAGGCAUUUGAUGAAUUUUAUUAGUCUGUCGACAAGGGCAAUCCUGACUACUCGAGAAUUGCUGGUGAACAGCACGCGCUUAGAUCCCAGGACAUGAAGCAAAGAGUAUUAUUGAAAGCGCGAGGUUUUGGUACGCAGCGUACGAACGAGUCACUGGCAUCUUGUCUUCGAAGCGUCACCUAAUUGAAGAUGCCGACC